UUGUUGCGGCAGCGGCGCUCCGCCGAGGGUCCCCGAGCCGCCGGUCCUGCUCGGCCGGUCCAAGCCGCAGCAAUGGCGCAGCCCGCAGCCCCGCCGCCCACCGCCCUGGAGCAGGGCUGUCCCAUCCGCGUGGAGCAUGACCGCCGGCGCCGCCAGUUCACCGUCCGGCUCAACGGGUGUCAUGACCGGGCUGUCCUGCUCUAUGAAUAUGUAGGCAAGCGGAUUGUGGACCUGCAGCACACCGAGGUCCCUGAUGCCUACCGCGGGCGCGGUAUUGCCAAGCACCUUGCCAAGGCUGCGCUGGACUUCGUGGUGGAGGAGGACCUGAAGGCCCACCUCACUUGCUGGUACAUCCAAAAGUAUGUCAAGGAGAACCCCCUGCCACAGUACCUGGAGCGCCUGCAGCCAUAGCCCUGGCCCUUCAGGGCAGGUGCCCACCAGACCUCCCAGCACGGCACCCCAGCCCUCUGCACACUCAGGAAACCUGGCCCCCCAGGGCAUAGACGCAGUUAUUUUUGUAAGGACACUCACUUGUGUCUCUGGCAGCAGUUGUCAGCUCCCACAGUGAAGGGGGCCUGGCUGCACAGACCCAGAGACUGAUCAGGGGGCUCUCACCAAGAGGACAGUGGGAGUGGUCCAGUGCAAGUGGCCCCUGCAACUGGUGUGGAGCUCCCAGGCUGUUCUUUGAGCAGCAGGAGAGCUGGUUCAACUCUUCCACCACCUCCCAGGUCAUCAUGGUUUCUGCAGUUGAGGAGACCACCCCCUGAGCUGAGAGGAGCAAUUAGAAGCCUCCGUGCCAACUUCCAGAGGCAUAAUGUCAAGCCUCAGCUGCCCAUCUCCUACUCCAGUUUGCGUGUACCGGUGCCAGGGGCAGGCCAUCUAAGGGACAGCCUCCUGAUGUGCAAGGCGAAUAUGGAGGGCUGGGUGCUGCCUAGUUCCACCACAAGUUACACACACGUGUACAUGUGCACAUGUACAGCACUGAGCUGGGGCUGGGGGCUCUGCAUUGCUGUAGAAGUGGGGGAACACUGUAUGUUCUCUCUUUGGAUGCCCAUUCCUAAACUCCUUGCUCCCACCUGCCUGCUGGCUCUGCAGGAGACCAAGAUCCCCAUCUGCUGACUGCCCUACCUUUUCCCCUCAUCUGCCACAGGCCAACUCCAGAUGUACCCAGGGGCCCCCACAUGACUUCCUGGCUACUCUGGGAGUGCUUGUUCUCAGGACCCUUUGGAGUCAGGAUUGGAGGUGGGCAGACUAUCUUAGAAAACCAUCCCGGAAACAUUUCCAUUCACAAGUUUCCUUUGCUACCACUAAGUGGCUUACCCUUUGGGCCAGUUCACGUGGCCUUAGAAUUCUGCUGUCUCUUUGGAGCCCCAGGGCCCACCCCACCCCAGGGCCCAUCACACCAAGGCCUUCCUUGUCAUAGCCAGUCAGGUGCACCAGGCAUCCUUGGUUCUGUGGGGGUCCACCUUUCAGGGCCGUAUAGAUUUGACUUGGGCUAGUUAGGGAUCCAGGUCAAAUCUACUCUGCCCCCUGUAGGCCUGGCAGAGACCCAUGUCCCUGUGGAGAUGGUAGUUGACAGCAAAUUUCUAAGAUGUGUCCCUGCAGGCCUCUGGCUAGACGACUAGGGAGGUGUGUGUGCUUGUGGCCACAUGGCACCUUUGUUCACGUCUCAGUACUGACACCUCUUUCCACUCUAGCAGCAACUCAGGGGCCACAGAUACCCUUCCUGCCCAAUUCCAGAGACCCCAAGACCCACAGGUAGUCUGCCUGUGGAGGCCUAGAGCCCCCAUGUCAUGUCCCCUUCCCCCCACUUAGCAUCUUCCACCUCUGCUCUCUCCUCCUUCCCACCCUGCUCUUCGGCUCUGUCCAUAGAGCAGAUCCUGAGGGGUGCCUUCAGCUGCCACAAUGCCAAGGAUCCUGAGUCAGGAAGACUCAGGAAAUGGGUUCUUUAUUCAGUCCCUUCUGAGGCUGGAGUUGUCACACAUCUAGUGCAGCUUAUGAAAAGUAUAGAUUCUGGGCCCAAGAGUGCAUAGAUGGGCCAUGCUGAGUCUGGGUGUCUCCCUCCCCAACUACCCCCUCUCCAUUUCUGUUUCUGACGCCCCCAUCCCAUUCACACUUGCUGCCCCAAGGUCAAGCUCGGACUCUGGUGCUGUGUUCUCAGAGCCCUCUGGGGCAAGUAGGAGGGCAAGAUCCAUGAUUCUGCAUGGGGAGCAGAAUGGGCCCACCCCAACUCUUCCCAGCAUGAAACUCAGAUAGGUGCACACUGAGCCAACAGCAGGUGGCACUACACUCACUUGGACCUUGCUGGGAGAGACAGGGUCUGGGAGCACCUGUGUGACCACAAAACCAGCAUGGAUUUUUCCCCAGUUCCUGAAGGUGUCACCUAGACUGCCUCACCUCACUGUUGCCUUAAAAUGGCCACACCCCACAGGGCUGACUGCCAGCAGACCCCCACAGCAGCAGCCUCCCCCCAGACUGAGAUCCAGUCUGUUGGAGACUCCUCUCCUAGGGCCCCCAGCCAACUUCAAAGUCCAGUGGACAUAGAUGGCCAGUCCUCUCAUGUUUCCCAUCUGCCUGGCACCCCACCCUGCAUACCCCACCCCCAGCAGAUCACCUCAGAGGCUGGUGCAUUCCUGUCACAUCUCAUUCUGUAAGUCUCUCUCCCAUUCCUGCUUAGGCUUAAGUGGUAAUUCUUGUGCCUUUUUUACUCAGGACUGUUGUGGGUGGGUCUGGCCAAGGCUGGCACCUAGACCUGCUCCCUUCAUUAUUUUCCAAACUCCCAGACUUGUGGCAUGAUGCACAUUUCCACAGAAGGUGUGGCCUCCCUCCUGGGUUCCUGGUUUCUCUGCAGGAAGAGGUGACUGUUACCACACCAUCUUGUUCUCUCUCCCCAUGGCAAUGUGGUUUGUGAUUGUCCUGUUCUAUUUUGUUUUUGUUUUUGUUCAAUGAGAAGACUGAGGCAAGGGUGCAAGGGAGGAGGCAAGCAAGCAUAGUGGGCAGCCCACAGUCUUCCAUGCUUGGAAGUCUCUGUGUUCAGCCAUCAGCCCAGCCCCCUUUUCAGGAGGAGAAAGUAGGACCAAGAGGUACCUGUUCUGGGCUGAGAUGCCACAGCUCACAGAGAGGUAUAUAGACAGGCUGUCAAGAAGAGACAGACAGCUGGACACACCACCUCAGACAAGUUCCUCUUCCCCUCAGACAAGUUCUUCUGGUCAGCCUCUCAUUGGCAUAGGCCAUGGCGGGGGCCAAAGGGAGGUGGGGCUCACUCCUCUACUCAUGGUAGGGGUGGGGGUCCUGGAUGGGAUUCCUCCUCCUCGUCCCCACUCAGGAUCAUAACCCCACAACAAAAAGGAGGAGGGCUCUACAGCCACCAGCUCUCCAUAAUUCUCUCUGCUCCUAUUGUUGAUGCAUCCAUGAGGGUUUGGUUCUCAGACCUGUGUAACAUGAGGGAAUGGGCUGAAUGGGAAGAGGGGGUCACUUGUCUGCAACCCACAAGACUAGAAGGUGAAGGGGCAGGUCCUCUAUAGGAAGGGGCUAUGCACAUGGGUCUUGAGGUUUUCUGUUCAUCUUCAGAGACAGGUGGCUUUAAUGAACAGGGCACAGAGAGCACACGUGGCAGUUCUGUUCACCUGGAAUGCUUCAGUGGCUUCUGUUGCCAUGAACUUCAGGCCACCAGAUGUCCCCUCUGCUAUUCUCAGGGUCCCACUCCUUCCAAAUCCAUGCCCUAAAUAUCCCACCAGAGGUCUGGCGAGGCCGUGAACUCAGUCUGUGACUCUGCAGCUGGCAGGCUUGACUCUAGAGCCUCAGUUGUGUCAGUCUCAUGGACACAGGAUAUUAAAGAGAUUCUUCCUGA